CUUUCCAUAAAAUAUAUUCAGGGCAAAACAGUAAAUACAUGCCUCCUGACUGACAGCAGGAAUUCAAAGGAGCAUGAAAAGAAAAGCCUGUCUGCACCAGGAAUAAUUAUUGUGUCGGUUACAACACAGUAAAUGCUUCUGCAUGGCUUUCCGUGAGGAGGUGAUACUUGAAGGGAGGCUGCUCAAAGGGGAGUAUUAAAAAUUCCAAGAGCUUUGUCCAUACUUCUCUGCAGCCCAGCGGGACAAAGGAGACGAGCUGCUUUGAUUUGCAUUAGAUCUGAUUAAUUGAACGAGCACUUUCUCUUUAGCUUCUGCCUUCUUUGUCCCCCUAUUGAUGUGAUCAACUGCGCUUACUCCAGCCAAAUCACGAGAAAAGGAUGGAAGAUAAGAACCUCUUCCUUGCUUUAUUUCUCUGCUCUAUUUUGCUUUCAACUGCCUAUUCACACAUGAUCUUUGAGGAGAACAGAGACGCCAAUCUGGCAACCAGCAACAAAAUGAAACUCCCAGAUCUCCCACCCAUCUCUAUAGUAGAAUUAACCAAAACAUCCCGGAAAGUAAGCAGGAAAGAGGCAGAGAAGAAGAAAGAAUCCAAGAGAAAGACCCAGAAAAGAAAAUCCCGCAGGCCCAGGCCCACACUCCCAGCUAAUUGUGUGGCUACUUGGAAAAACUGCAAGCCACCCUCUCCCCCGUGCUGUGAUGUCUGCACCUUCUGUCACUGCCGGCUUUUUCAGACUGUCUGCUACUGCCGAGUAGGAAACCCAAACUGCUAAACUCACACCAGGAAGGCAGUGCUGGAACUCUGUCAUUAACUGCUCCAGAGUUUGUUGCAACCUGUUUUUCUCACGUGCAUUGCAAGCGAAGUAUAGAGUCUUUGAAGCUUUCCCGCUGGCUUUGUGUUCCCCAGACCUGAAUGAACGCUGGGGUUUACCUCAUGGAACAAGCACUGUGGCCCACAAGUAAAUCAUUACAGGGAGUGUGAGGGAGGGGGGAUGGAGGCUGACGGGCUGACAGAGUAUUUAGAACAGAACUGAAUGGGAACAGGUUCCAGUUCAAGGAAGAUUUGUUUCUUUCAGAAAUGUGACAUCUCACCACAGGCUGUAAGCGUCUAUGAGGAGGACCCGGGCUGAAUGCCCUAGGUUGUCAGUGUCCAUCUACAGUAUGAAACUGGCCGCAUUAAAACAAGUUUGGUUAACACAACAGAGGACCUAGUGUUUAUAACAUAAGAAUGGCCACACUGGGUCAGACCAAAGGUCCAUCUAGCCCUGAAUCC